AUGACGGAGAAUCCAAUGCUUCUGGUAGAAAAUGCGUUAAGGAAAAAUAAACCCGUUAUUUUCGGAACGUGUCCACUGCUAGAAUCCUCUGAGCCGAAGGUGGAACAAAACUUCGCCAGACGCCAUUCGGGUGCAAAACAGCCGCAGCAAUUCUACGGACUGGCUAAUCUGUGCACCGCUAUUUCCAGACGGGCGACUGUGCUGGAAAUUGGGGUUGAAGUUAGUAACCUCGCAACUUCAAGCAAAUCAGGCCUUCGGCCCGUGGAGUCUUUGCCUAGGCAAAAUGGCGUUUCUCCAGCAAAUGGGUUUGGGUGGGUUGCUCUCUCCUAUGGAGAUGAGCCGAGGAUGUCGCAAUUCACUGCUGCUGCUGCCGUUGCCGGUAUCGGUGCUUUGGGUGCCUACCUGGAUGGCAAGUACCAAUUCAGACGGGACGUCUACACAAUCCACCGGAUGAGACGUAGUGAACGCAUUGCUGCCCGCGCAAAAGCAGAAGGACGGUUGAACGUGUGGUAUGUCUUUAGGAACGUGGUCGAGAAGUACCCGGAUGCGCCCUGUGUCUGGUCAAGGACCGGCUCAUAUACAUUUCGUGAAGUUCUUGAUAUUGCCUGCCAGUAUGGGAAUUACUUCCUUUCCAUUGGCGUGAAGCGUGGCCAUUUGGUGGCAUUUUACCUACAGAAUUCCCCCGAAUUUGUGUUUGCAUGGCUCGGCCUGUGGUCUAUCGGUUGUGGUCCCGCAAUGAUUAACUACAAUCUCACAGGCGCGGGCCUAAUUCACUGCCUCAAACUCAGUGGAGCAGAUGUCAUAGUUGUGGAUGCAGACGCUGAAUGCACGGCACGGAUUCAUGACCAGAGGAAUGAGAUUGAGAAUGAUCUCAAGAUGCAUCCUGUGUUUUUAGAUGAUUCUCUCAAGAGUCAUAUUUCCUCAUUUCCGACAGCUGUUUCGGAUAGAAGUCUUCCUCGCAACAUGCAUGGUGAAUUCCCAUCUAUGCUUCUUUAUACCUCAGGUACAACGGGGCUACCCAAAGGAUGCGCGUUUACUAUGAAUCGGAUGUAUACCACGAUCUUCCAGAAAGAUUUACGCGACAGAGGAGGCUCUGGAGGUGACAGGUGUACGAGCAGGUUUUGGAAAGACAUUCAUGAUUCCAAAUCGACAUACUUCGUUUAUGUUGGGGAGACAGCUAGGUAUCUACUUUCCGCCCCACCCUCGCCAUUGGAUCGCGGUCAUAAUGUUCGCUGCAUGUACGGCAAUGGCCUGCGACCGGACGUUUGGGAGAAAUUCCAAGAAAGGUUCGGUAUUCCAAAUGUUGCAGAGUUCUUCAGUAGCACGGAAGGGCUCUUUACGUUGAUCAAUUACGACAGCGGUCCCUACCAAUCCCGUUGUGUCGGACAUCACGGUGCUAUCCUCCGCCGCCUGAUGCAUAAUGUUUAUAUCCCCGUUGUUAUCGACCCCAUGACUGGAGAUAUGUACCGCGAUCCGAAAACAGGUUUCGCAACGCGUGCUCCCUACAGCGAAGGAGGCGAAAUCAUCAUCUCCGUGCCCGACGAAUCUGCCUUCCAGGGCUACUGGAAGAACCCCGACGCGACAGCUAAGAAGUUCGUCCGGGACGUUUUCAAGAAGGGAGACAUUUACUAUCGUACCGGGGACGCGCUUCGCCGCACAGAAGAUGGCCAUUGGCACUUCCUCGAUCGUCUCGGCGACACAUUCCGCUGGAAAUCCGAGAACGCAUCCACUGCAGAAGUAGCCGCCGUGCUGGGCGAAUACCCCGGUGUCGCCGAGGCUAACGUUUACGGCGUCUCUGUGCCUACCCACGAGGGUCGUGCCGGCUGUGCGGCUAUCCUCAUCCAGCCUGAUCAACGGGCCAACUUCGGCUUUGCCGCUUUUGCUCGAUAUGCGCGCGAAAGGUUGCCGAAGCACGCAGUUCCGGUAUUUUUGCGCCUAGUCGAAGCUUCUAACCACACUCACAACCAGAAACAAAAUAAGGUCCCCCUGAGGGAUGAAGGCGUCGAUCCCGACAAACUAGGGUCGAAGGCUCCGGAAGGAAAGAAUGACCGAUUCUUGUGGCUUCUUCCACAGAAUGAUACAUACUUGGACUUUGGGCGAAGCGACUGGGAAGACCUGGUCAGCGGCCGCGUUAAGCUAUGA